AUGAACCGCAAAGAGGUCGCAGUCGCAGUCGCACCCGCGGCCGAGCCCGAGCCCGAGCGUAGCCUUAACUUACCCUUCGGCGAGUCGGAGGCGGAGGUGGUGGUGGAAAGUCCAUUGGUAUCACGCACUCCAUCAUCAUCAUCAUCUUUGAUAACAAAACUCCCCACCGAGCUAAUCUGCGCAAUCGCAAUGAAAUCCGGCUUCUUCACAGCCAUCAACCUAAUGCACACCUGCCGCACGCUGCGGACCAUCCUCUCCGCCCCAGAAGCAUGGGCGACCUACUACAACCCCGACAUGUCGGAUGAAAUCAUCGAAAACACACUCAGCGUCACGACCAAAUUGACGCAGUUUGAUCAUCUGGUGUUUGGGACGUGGAGCGGGUUGCCUGGAACUCGGGGGGACGAGGGCCAGAGACGGGAGGGCGAGGACUUGUUCUUUGAACAUAGAGCGUUCGACACCGAUUUUGAUUUCCUGGGCGGGAUAAGCGCAAAGAUGUCCAGGGGUGGGAUGCUCAAGAUCCAAUUCUUCGAACACCGCACAACCCUCCCCUGCUACCUAACCGACAUCCAAACAAAACUCAACUCUGGCGAACUCGCCCCAACCCACCUGCCCACCACCCCCGGCAUCCCCGACGAAUUCUCCUCCACGCCUCCCUCCGCCGCGCCCCUCUUCCCCGCCGCUACCCUGGCCCCACCCACCGGCCUCCGCAUCCCACACACCUGCCCCACCUGCACCUAUUUCGACACGCAAACCAUCCACAAAUCAACCUCCCUCCUCGACCACAACAUGUUCGCCGCCCCGACCCUCCUCGACGACGCCAUCACCUGGGUGUACACGCACCUGGACAACAGACGCCGUGUCAAAGUGAAAGUCCACGCGUACCAGGGCCCGUUGGGGUACGUGAGCUGGAGGGACUUGCCGAUGGUGCAUUGUAAUGAGGUGAGGGUCGCCGGGAGGGCGUUGCGCGGGUGGGCGUGGGAGUUUUGGAGGGACGUGGUGGAGCGGGUGUAG